AUGCCGCAGCCAGACCCAAUGCCGUCUGGCUUCGAAGCCACACUGCUGCAGGUCCACCGACAGCAGCGGAUGGCUUUGGAGAGCUACCAGCUGCUCACAAAGCAACAUGAAGUCUGGCAGAGGUCAGUGGAACAGCUCCUGACAAAAGCCCAUGAGGUGCCACGAUCACCCUUGCUGGUGGCGCCACCGCCCUGCAGCCUCUUCACUGCGGAGCCUUUUCAGUUGCCGGAGGCGGAAACACCACCAGACAGUAUGCCCUUGAGUCAGAUGAGUCCUACAGGGGCAGAUAGGGCAGAAAGCAACCGUCCUGCAUUGGCUUUGUCAAAGUCCACUGUGGAGCGCUUUCAGGGCCCAGACAAGAAAGGGGGGCCACUAAAAAAGAUUGUGGCAGAACUUCGUGAAGAGCAGGAAGCAAGAGAAAGGAAGAAAGAAGAGAAAGGCUUUUGGAGGAAAUUGCAACGCAAUGUCAGUGAGCUGGUGCUGUCGCGCUGGUUUGAGUAUGUCACUGGACUUGUCAUCCUGCUCAACAUGGUCACCAUCGGCAUAGAAGUUGAGUUAUCUGCUCAUGGCACUUCUGAGAGCUGGGCUGUCGACGCGGAAAGAGUGUUCCUGGCACUCUACACUAUUGAGAUUACACUGAGAAUCAUCGGCCUUGGGACCAAGAACUUGACUAUCCUUUGGUUCUACUUGGACUUUUUUCUAGUUGCCAUCGGCUUGUUGGCUAGGGUAGUGGUUCCCGUUUUCGGACUAGGAGACUUGGCCGGGUUUGAAAAGCUGCUCUUGGUGAGAUGUUUGCGGCUUCUGAGACUGGUGCGAGCGCUGCGCAUGAUCAGCCAUUUCAAGGUGAUGUGGCGCUUGGUCUACAGCCUUCUGACUGCUGGGCAGACCCUUCUCUCUACUGCUGUUUUGACAUUGUUGGCGCUUUUCAUAUUUGGCUGUGUUGCCUUGGAGUUUAUCACCAAGGACCUUGCUUUGAAAGAACACCCGGAGACAGGGCCGAUCGUGCAAGACUAUUUUGACACUUUGCCCAUGGCGAUCCUCACCUUGACGCAGUUCGUGACCUUGGACUCGGUCGCUCAAAUCUACUACCCACUCAUUGUGAGCAGGAUUCAAGAUUACACGGCCGUUGAUGGCGUGCAUAUACCGUAUUCAUUCGGAUAG